CGAGAACGAUCACUUGUACUUUGUUUUUGAAUACAUGAAAGAAAACCUCUACCAGCUCAUGAAAGACAGAAUCAAAUUGUUCCCAGAGUCAGUCAUCAGGAAUAUAAGCUUUCAAAUAUUGCAGGGAUUAUCAUUUAUUCAUAAGCAUGGUAGGUCACGGGGCCGUCAUAUUCAUGUCCAACAAACUAGAACAACUUAGUCUGGUAUCAGAUGUCUGAUUUAGCUUUUUCUGCUGAAGACUGAAGUUGUUCUUUCAUCUCAGAGGUGUCAGGAUGUGUGGGAAUCGAAGUUGCAAAUCGCCUAGUUAUAGCAAAAAUAUUUGUGACCCAGUCUGUGAAAACCAAGCUAAAGUCAUUUGUUUGUGAUUUACUGUUUCCUACAUAUAAUCAUUCUGUUAAAUAUAACCUUGAUAUCUUUAAGUAUUGACUGACUAAGUUCAUGUCAAAGAUGGAAGUCAGUGUGACAUCAGUGGUCCUAAUCUCAUAUUUAGAUUGACACUUUAGCAUGGAUUUCACAGACAGGGUCACGUAUACUUGCUUUAAAUAGGACGGUGUUCACAUAUUUCAAUAAAUGCUCUUUAUGAAAUAGAGACAGUGUUCAACAUUAUAUUUUUUAUGAUAUGACCUCUUUUAUGAAACUGCUUGUAAUACCUUCACAAAAGUUGUAAUGAAACAGUACAGCCCUGACUCUCACACAUCCUGAAAAAUGAAACGCUUUUGGUUCUUUUCCUUUCUUAUCCUUUGCCUCUCUUUUUCUUUUUUGCUCUCUCUCUCUCUCUCGUUCUUGUGUGAAAUUCUCUAACAUCAGGGAAAAUAAGAUGUUUACUGAGAAUGAAAUAAGGAACAUCAUGUUUCAAGUUCUCUCCGGUUUGGCAUUUGUGCACAAGCAUGGAUUUUUUCACCGGGACAUGAAACCUGAAAAUUUGCUGUGUAUGGGUCCAGAACUUGUGAAAAUUGCUGACUUUGGAUUGGCUCGAGAGAUUCGCUCUCGGCCUCCUUACACAGAUUAUGUCUCCACGCGAUGGUAUCGUGCUCCAGAGGUGCUCUUGAGAUCGCCUGUGUAUAGUUCGCCUAUAGACAUCUGGGCAGUGGGCUGCAUUAUGGCUGAACUUUACACAUUGCGACCACUGUUUCCGGGCAACAGUGAGGUUGAUGAGAUUUUUAAGAUCUGCCAGGUUCUUGGUACAGUUAGAAAGUCAGACUGGCCAGAGGGUUAUCAGUUAGCUGCUACAAUGAACUUCCGCUUUCCUCAAUGUGUUCCUACACCUCUAAAAACCCUAAUACCUAAUGCCACCAAUGAGGCUUUAGAUCUCAUGAGAGAUCUUCUCCAGUGGGAUCCAAAGAAAAGACCAUCUGCUGUAAAGGCACUCAGAUACCCAUACUUCCAAGUCGGACAGGUUCUGGGCCCCCGUCCCAUGACCCCUGAUGUACCGAAGGCUCAGAUAAAGACGGCAGGGUCAAGUGAACACAGAUCAGAGCUGCAGUCUUUUUCAGAACCAGUGCUCCCAUCUCAGGCUAAAGCUCAGAACAGAAGCUCCCAUCAGCCACUUCAGCAGAUUCCUCUGCCUCAAUCUCUUUCUCAGACAGAGCGGCAAGCCGACCCUCUCGCUCCAUAUAUACAAAAGGUGGUCGGAGGUGAGAAUAGCUUGAUUGGGUUGAAGAACGGACGAAGAAGGUGGGGACAGACCAACAUGAAACCCUCUGACAGCUGGGAUGAGUCUGAUUGCUCUGAUACGGCAGUAUCCAUCUCAAAAAAACCCAGCAAAGGCCCUGAUGAGAUAACCCCUCAACAGCCCAGGGACCAGAAACCUAUUUACACAUUCAGCACUGUUACUAAACUACCAAACACCAGCAGACUGAACCAGCCGGACUCUUGUCAACUGACCACCUCCUUAGCCAAAGAACAUUAUCUGCGCCAGUCCAGAUAUCUGCCAGGUUUAAUAAGCAAAAACACACCAUCAUUGAGCAACAAGGAGAUGGAGAAAGACUUGUGGGACACGUCAGUUAUGCACAAACCCCUAGCACCCAUUAUAGGAGCACCCGCGUCCAGAAUCAUUCCAGGAAACUUUGUAACUACCACAUACAAUCUAUCUGGACGAUAUAUCCCCUCUUUCCAGAAGAAAGAAGUGGGAUCAGUAGGACAAAGAAUUCAACUCACCCCACUCGAAAACCAGCAUGCACUUGAUCUCUCUGCCACUGCUGACUCUAAAGCUGGCAAAGCUAAAUCUACAAAGUCCAAACCUUCCUCUACAGUUUCACUCACUGAAAGCUCUGAAGAUUAUGAUGGAUGGAAAAGGAGAGCUGACAGAACCCAACUCAAAGGAUCGAUUUACUCAGCUCUGGGCAAAAACUCUGCCAAUCUUGUCUCUCGUGCCGCACCGGUUCAGCCAGUGCACGGGCGGGUCGACUGGGCUGCAAAAUAUGGAAGUCACCGAUAGAGCUUCCACGCCAUGAGGACUGAGGUCCAUUCAACACUCGUGAAUACUGAAUAAAUACACUGGCUGCUUAUAUCAUGAUGUUCUGGAGAGAAGCAGCAAGGAUAGGUCCACACCACCUCUAAACUUCAGGCUCAUGGCCGCUCAAAUUGAUUGUGAAAAGUUGACAAACAAAAUUUCACUCUUCACUGUUAAUUCUUGUUCAGUCAAUGCAUCUAAUGCCUGCAUUCAAUGUUCUUCUCUUUUACAAUGUAAUAGGUAGAUCACAGUAUAUGCACCCCAAAUAUUUUUGUAAUAUAAACUUUUUUGGCAUGUUUAAGUAUGCAGUUUAUAAUUCUUUUUCUUUCUACAUUUCAAAUGUACAUUUUGAUUCUUCCUGCAAGGUUAUUUUUUAUAUUUUCAUGUAUUAUUAAAAAAGGCAUUUUCCAGUCUUUCCUGUAUCCAAAGAACUGUCAUGUAAACUGUCACUUAAACAUAUGUAGAUACUAGUGACCAUAAAUGGGUUUAACC